GGUCUGCCCCUGUUUCUGUUUGUUUUUGUGGGAUGGAUGAAUUUUAAGAUCUUGAACUUUUAAGAGUCCUUAAGGUUUUGGCAUGAUCCCACCGUCGCUGCCAAGUGGUCUGAGUCUAACUGUUGAUUUCUAGGCAUAUCAUGGAACAUUUAGAAGGUGUCAUCAACAAACCAGAGGCAGAGAUGUCCCCACAAGAACUGCAGCUCCAUUAUUUCAAAAUGCAUGACUAUGAUGGCAACAAUCUGCUUGAUGGCCUGGAACUCUCCACAGCCAUCACUCAUGUCCAUAAGGAGGGUGGGAAUGAUCAGGCACCACCAAUGAGGGAAGAGGAACUGAUUAACUUAAUAGAUGGUGUUUUAAGAGACGAUGACAAGAACAACGAUGGAUACAUCGACUAUGCUGAAUUUGCAAAAUCACUACAAUAGACAUUUGACUAUCUUCUAGUUAUUAUGCAAAUAUGACCCAUUAUAAUGUGAUUGAAAACUUUCGGUAAUGUAGAAUAAUUCAUUUCCAACUACUGCUGAAGUAUUUUGGUAAAAAUCUGUAGCAAGUGUUACACUGGUGUGAGAAAGAGAAGUCUGGAGAAAUGGAAGAGAGGGGAAAUGGGACAUGUUGUAGUCCCCAAGUACUGUUAAGUCUCCUGUUGGACAAGGGCUUGAUUAAAGAAUCUUUUUAAGAAUAUUGGAUAAUUGGAGCUGAGUACUCAGGAACAUGGCUGUAGAAUACUGCUAGUCUCUUGGUUUUAAUUCAUGCUACUUGAAAAGUUAAAAUGAGCUUUGCCAAGUAGACACACUUUUCAGUAACAAUGAAGGAAUGGAAUCCAUGCCAAAUGUUCCCCCUUUGGGUCCUGUGUCUUCAGGUAAACAUGGUCAGUAUUCUGUGACGUUCCCUGGCUUAAAUGAUUACUUGCUAUGGGCAAAUGAGUACUGAUUAAGCUAUUUCAAAGCCACAGCAUAACACGAAUGUCAGAUAUUGAGCUCAGUGAGCCAGAGUCUGGAUCUUCUGGGACUUGGAUAUGAUGCACCACUGACCUAAGUGAUUAACCUUUUUUCAGUUUUUCAAUAUUUUAUAAAACUACUGCCCUAUCCUUAUACUUUAUGUCUUUUAUGUCUUCUUCAAUCUGGGAGAGACCUUGAAUUUAAAAGUGUUGUCUAAUCAAUAGCACAUGUUUUAGCUUUCUUAAUAUUGGUAUUUAACUCUUGUUUCUAGGGUUUCAUUUUUGCAGUUUAGAAACAUAGGAAUGCAAGAAUUUAUCUCUUCUGCUUGAUACAGUGGGGGUAAAUCUACUUGCUGCCGUAGCCUAAGUGCAAAAUGAAAAGAUCGUUCACCAAGUACAGUGAUUAAGCUGAUACAAGUUGUAUUUAGAAGGAGUCUUGUUUAAAUGACUUCUUCUAGCCUACAUUUGUGAAUUCUUUCAGAUCAGGAAAGAUUAGAAAAAGAAGCCUAAAAACUCUUAGCAGUGUGAGUCUCAGUAAUAGUUGAAAGUGAGAAGCAGUGGCAAAUUCUAAUUUGGUUUAUUGGAUGUGAUGGACAUACUGUGAUAAAAAAUCAUAAAAUGAUGAUUGAAAGGGGGGAAAACUGCAUACAAUUUGCUGUAAGAUGUAUAGAGACUUAUUUUCUUUAUUAAAGUAUUCUUAUAAGAAAACAUAUGUAUUUGUAAAAAUGGUUUCCUGUGUCAAGUAUUUGUGCAGUCAGAGCUGAAUUAUAAACUAUUCUUGUAAAAUCUAGUUAUUUUGAAAGAUUUAUAUAAUGAAUUCUGGAUAUAUGAUCAAUAAAACUGAUGAAACAAAA